UUUGAUAAAGCUAGCUAGCCAUUGAUUAUUAUAUUUUUUAAACGUGGAAGUUAUAGUUCUAUAACAUGGCAGUAAGCGCAGUUCACCUCGAAUCAGAUGCCUUUUUGGUUUGCAUGAAUCAUGCAUUAAGUACCGAGAAGGAGGAAGUAAUGGGACUCUGCAUCGGAGAGGUGGACACCAACCGCAUCGUCCACAUUCAUUCUGUUAUUAUUCUCCGGCGCUCAGACAAGAGGAAGGAUCGCGUGGAAAUCUCGCCUGAGCAGCUAUCUUCAGCGGCUACCGAAGCUGAGAGGUUGGCUGAAAUGACUGGACGGCCGAUGCGUGUAGUUGGUUGGUACCACUCUCACCCCCACAUCACUGUGUGGCCAUCACAUGUGGAUGUAAGAACACAGGCCAUGUACCAAAUGAUGGACCAGGGCUUUGUUGGGCUGAUAUUCUCCUGUUUCAUUGAGGAUAAGAACACAAAAACUGGUCGAGUUCUCUACACCUGCUUCCAGUCUGUGCAAGCCCAGAAAGGCUCUGAGUACGAGAGAAUCGAGAUCCCAAUUCAUGUGGUCCCGCACGAGGCCAUUGGGAAAGUGUGCCUUGAAUCAGCAGUGGAGCUCCCAAGAAUCCUCUGCCAGGAAGAGCAGGAUACCUACAGAAAGAUUCACAGCUUAACUCACCUGGAUCCGAUCACGAAGAUACACAAUGGCUCAGUGUUCACUAAGAACCUGUGCAGUCAGAUGUCUGCUGUGAGUGGUCCCCUGCUGCAGUGGCUGGAGGACCGUUUGGAGCAGAACAGACAGAGUGUUAUUGAGCUGCAGCUGGAGAAGGAGAGACUAACUCAGGAGCUGGCAACCAUGUGAGAGAGAGGGGUAAGGAAAAGACUUGUGUUUUUGCAGUGCCGUAUACCUUCUCACACGAGGACAAGUGACUAAGGGAAUCUCAUCAUGGCUAAGUGAUCUGUGAGCGUGGAAUUUUAACCACCAUCUAUCUACCUGAAACUUUGUCACGAUGGAGAAAGAUUUCGCUCUGAACACUUGUCUUUGCUUCCCAAUGCCACUGUUUCCUGUUAGGUCAUGCUCUGUUUACUAAUAAACAUUACUGUAUUUUUGAG